GGGAAACCUUGUCCUCAAUGUCCCUUACCGCCCAGUCUGUGGGUAGCCCAGAGUCAUCUCUAGUAGGAUAUCUCAGUCGCAAAGCUUUGCCCAUCAAACGUAACGAUGCUGAGCCGUUAACCCGAGAAGACGUUCAGUACGACCUACUGCACCAAAUUUUCUCCGAUACCAAAGCUGUAUUCACUUCGCAAGCCCCAGGAUGCUCAAAUACCUCAAAAAUCCGCUUUUGUGAUUUAUAUGUCAAUGCUUUGUACCAUUCAAGCAAAUGUUCCAAGGUCCUCAAAGACAAGAUGAACGAAACACCCCCAUUCGCCAUUGAGCUGGCCAAGAUAUCUCUCCUGACAAAUGUGGGGCGAAUCAAUACCACGAUGGCAUUUUUUCCUGAAAUGAAGACUGCAUUACGGACUUACCACCCGGUCCCCUCGCUCCAGAAGACAGACGGUAAUGCACAGGAUGCACCUCGAAUCAAGAAUUGCCUGAAGGCCGCACUAUUACCUUACGAAAUCAAAUCUAUGCCUCCCUCUACUCCAGAAGAGAUCUUGGACCGGAGUCGAGCAGGUCGAGUUCCUCCUACCAGCGUAGUUAAUCUUAUAUUUGUUCUGGCGAACCAUGCUGCUCCUCUGGCUAAUGUUCACUUUGACCCUCCUUUGAAUUUUUUGGACCUUUUUCUUCCCAUCAAUGUAUCAUCGACUUCACGCGCAAGAGCCUUCCUAUGGCUCAUAUACCACUAUUUGGAAGGACCCGAGUUACCCAAUCCCUACGACGACGACUACUCUCGUCAAAACGAUGGCAAAGUCCCGUGGUUGCAUCGAUUAUCCGAGACUGAGUUCGCGAAGGAAAACGUAGACACUCCUGAUGAAAUCGCGUGGGGUAAGAGGAUGUCUUCUGAAAGAAAUACCUUUUUGCAGAAGCUCGUGAACAACACACAUACCGAAAAGAAAGAAAGAUACCCACCCACACCUGCCGCUCCUGUACUUCAGAAAGUUUUUGAGCCGACAAACUCUUAUCGAACACAUUCCUCACGGCAGCAAAUUCCAGAAGUGCAAAGAGAGAAACCGUUCCUUCAUUAUAUGCCUCCUCAGCGCGAUAGUAUUCAACCAGCACAUCUGCCGAGAGGUAACAUACAACCGAGAUCUGACUUUCGGGGUGGACCAGAGCGGUCUAUGCUGCAACAGGCCUGGCAUGUCAUUAUGAACACUGACCCUCUCGUCGAUUCUGACGAGGAGCUUCCGGAUCAGCACGUAAGACACGAUUACUCUCGUCGUGUUGAUGUGAUUGCUCGACUACGUGGGAGACCACCUUCUCCACUCCCUGAUGCCAUGGUCGUAGAUAGAAGUAUUUCUGGGAGGAAUGGUUCCGGAUCAGCCAGGCACGGAUAAUCGAAAACACUUGAUGGGAUAGACUGGAGUGACAUGGAUAUUUUCGUACUAACUUUAAAUUAUAAAAGCACAGAAAACAGCUAGUCUUAUUGGAUACAGCACUGUAAAAUAUAACUAUGCUAGGAGCAUUCAGCUGGAGCUUUGUUUUGAAUUGACUCGAGGGUGCGGAUCGUAGCCAGGUAUAGAGAUGCAGGUGAUAAGCUUCAUAAGAAAGUCACAGAUUACGGUAGUCAGCGAAUGCUCAUGAAGUUACUUUUAUAGCCCUCGGCUCACGGGAUGUCUGGUAUACUCAUUGCCAUCAGGCAACCUAAUACAUUGCACUAGCACGCAGUGUAGAGCUGAAAGAGUGGUCCAUAGCCUCCUCAUCAGUACUCUUUCCUUCGAUAACCGCCAGAUCCUUCAAAUUUCUCUGAAGUACUUUAGUGAGAUGCUGUAGUCCCGCUUGUUGCUCUCCCAGUAUCUGAGUAAUCUGUUUUAAGCCGUCUUCGUCAACAACUGUCCACUCGGCGGUACCAUCCCCGGCCUUCCUUCCACG